AUGUCGGACAUCGCCUCAGGAGUGGGAAACUUGGUCACCUCGAUCGUGGAGAUCAUCAAAGGGAUCAUUACCACCAUCUUUCAUGUCUUCGAAGGCGCGUUCAACGCCGUCCUGGGAGUUUUCAAGGGCAUGUUCAAUGUGACCGAGGGUAUCCUCGGAUUUAUCAUUGGAAACUUCUUCCUGCUCGGAACAUUGGCUGCUGUGUAUUUCGGCUACAUCUUGUACCAACAACGUCAAGGGAGAAACCCCGCUCCACUAUCAGCAGCAGCGACGAAGAAGACCAGGUAG